AUGGUGCCCGCGCCCCUCAACCCGGCGCGCCUCAAGCAGAUGAAGGCCGAGGCACAGACUGGAGACCCCCUCUCCGGCGUCCCGCCCGGCACGGACGCCUACCCGAAGAAGCGGAGCCGACGGCGGAGCAUCGGCAAGAAGCCCGAUUCCAACACCGAGACGCUCGUCCAGCGGCCCCCGCAAGGCAGUCGCGAGCACCGGCGGUCGCGGGAUAUUAGUUACGCCGCCAGCGAGAUCUACGAGCCGGACUGGGCCCUGUCGCCGUUCCCGUCGAACAUCGUCGGGACGUUUUCGUGCCACGGCAUCGAACCGUCCUAUUUCACGGACGGGGCCAUGGCGAAGAUCAAUCAAGAUCGCGGGUGUGUGGUGCAGCCCUACGGCGAGGACCCGCGACGGGCGUUGUUCGCCGUGUAUGAUGGGCACGGCGAGCACGGCCAGGAGGUCUCGCAGUUCGCGAUGGAGUACAUCCGCGACAACCUGCACAAACACCCUUCAUUUAGUACGGACCUGCCGGUGGCUCUCAAGACGACUUUCCUGGCCUGCGACUUGGCCAUGAAGAAGGAUCCUACAGUUAGAUGUAAGCACUCCGGCACUACUGCCGUCGUGGCCGUUCUCGUGGACAAGACUCUGACACUCGCGUCCGCGGGCGAUAGCAGAGCCGUCCUCGCGACGAAGAAAGGCUCGAAAAUCAUAGCCAAGGACCUGACCGUGGACCACAACCCCGACGUGCCCGAGGAACAGGCUCGCAUCGAAGCGGCUGGUGGUUUUGUGAAACCGCGGACGAAGGAAGGCUUCUCCGCGCGCGUGUAUUUGAACGCUAAUUUCACGCAAGUGGGGUUAGCAAUGUCUAGAUCAUUAGGUGAUCGAUGCGUGAAACAUGUGGGAGUGAUUGCCGACCCCGCGAUAUCAACGUACACAUUAACAAAUAACGAUGUCUUCUUCAUCGUGGCUUCCGACGGCAUCUGGGAGUUCAUCCAAUCAAAAAACGCCGUGGACUUAUGCAAGGACUUAGUACAAAAAGAUGACGCGACGGGAGCUUGCAGAGAAUUAAUUUUGGAAGCAGCAGCUAAAUGGAACGAGGAGGAGGGCGACUACCGGGACGACAUCACGUGCAUGGUCGUGAGGGUGAAUCCCUUGGAUCAUGCCGCCGCUGAUUUAGCGUAUUUGCCGGCGGCGGCCGAUGAACUCGAACACCAGGCUGGGAACAGGCAACGGACCUCCAACCGAAAAGUCGGUUCCGGCAAAAAAACAGUAUUGUUAGAUACGAAGGGUGCGGGCACGAUCGACACGGCCGGUGUGGAUACGACCGGAGACGGUACCGCGGACACUUUUUACCCAGCGGAAAAAGUCGACGGCAACGUCGUCGUCCAUACGGACAUGGCGCGGAAGGCCUCGAACUUCAUCGGUGGGAACAAAAACGCGUCUUCCGCCCAGAAGAAGGCUUUUGCCGAUAAACAGAAGCAGCUCGCCGCGCUCGCGGCGAAGGUCGACGCGUCCAUCGAGCCCGACGGCGAGAGCUACGAGGACGACUAA